AUGAAGGCGUUGCCGGCGGACGACCCGCGGAGCUUCGCCCAGCAGGCCAACGUGCACUGCGCCUACUGCGACGGCGCCUACGACCAGGUGGGGUUCCCCGAUCUGGAGCUGCAGGUCCACAACUCAUGGCUCUUCUUCCCCUUCCACCGCUUCUACCUCCACUUCCACGAGAGGAUCCUCGGGAAGCUCAUCGGCGACGACAGCUUCGCCCUGCCUUUCUGGAACUAGGACGCCCCCGCCGGCAUGACCCUGCCGCGGAUCUUCACCGACCCCAGCUCCUCUCUCUACGACCCCCUCCGCAACCCCGCCCACCAACCGCCGGAGGUGCUCGACAUGGACUUGGGCGACGCCGCCCCCACCCCGCAGCGGCAGAUCGACCUCAACCUGUCUAUCAUGUACAGGCAGAUGGUCUCCAACGCAAAGACCGCCCCUUUGUUCAUGGGCCUGCCCUACCGCGCCGGCGACAAUUACAACCCCGGGGCCGGGUCCAUGGAGAACUCGCCCCACGGCCCCGUCCACGUCUGGGUUGGCGACCCCAAGCAGCCCAACGGCGAGAACAUGGGCGUCUUCUACGCCGCCGCCAGGGAUCCCGUCUUCUACUCCCACCACGCAAACGUCGACCGGAUGUGGCAGGUGUGGAAGAAGCUGAGCCCGAGGAACGUCGACUUCGCCGACCGGGACUGGCUGGAUACGUCCUUCCUCUUCUACGACGAGGACGGCCGGCUGGUGAGGGUGAAGGUGAAGGACUGCCUCGAACCCGAGAUGCUGGGGUUCACCUACCAGGAAGUAAACCUCCCGUGGCUCAGCAAGCGCGCCACGCCCCGCGCCACCCCCGCGGCGGAGUCGUCUUCCAUUUCUUCCCCGCCCCCCUCGAAGAAAAAGAGGAGGGCGAAGCUGCUGAAAUCCGCGGGGGGGGCGGCGACUUUCCCGCUGACGCUGUCGUCAGUGGCGUGCAUCACAGUGAAGCGGCCCAAGGUCUCCCGGCGCCAAGCCGACAAGGACAAGGAGGAGGAGAUCCUCGUGGUGGAUGGGAUCGAAUUCGACCGCACAAACUGCGUUAAGUUCGACGUCUACGUCGACGACACCGACGCCGGCGAAGUCAAGCCCGACGACAGCGAGUUCGCCAGCAGUUUCUUCAACGUGUCGCACGGAAGAGGCCACAAGAAGAAGGGGAAGAUGGAAACGAUGACGACCACCCUGCGGCUGGGGAUCACCGACCUGCUGGAGGACCUCAAGCUCGACGACGACGACGAGAUCCUCGUCACCCUCAUCCCCCGCAAGGGCAGGGGGAAGGUCAAGAUCGGAGGGGUCCGCAUAGAGCUCUCAUCCUGA